AUGCAGGACGAGGACUGGCAGCCCGUGCUACCUCCCGGGGUGCUCCUGGAGACGCGGGUGUCCUGGGAGCAGCGCCGGGGCAGCUCCGGCCGAGGGCUGGAACCGCAGCUGAGGCUGCCCGGGGAGCGCUGGGCGCGUGCGGGGAAGCGUGACGAAACGGCCGAGAAGGUGUCCUCCCUGGGCAAGGACUGGCACAAGUUCUGCCUGAAGUGUGAGCGCUGCAACAAGACCCUGACCCCGGGUGGGCACGCCGAGCACGAUGGGAAGCCCUUUUGCCACAAGCCCUGCUACGCCACGCUGUUCGGCCCCAAAG